AUGGCACCCUCAGACCCCACCACAGGCGCCGGCGUCCUCCUCGCCUUUCUCAAACCCACCUCAACCGGAGGUAACGAAGCACAACCGGACGACAAGCUCGCCCUCUUAUCCACGGCCAUAACAGGCAAUGUUCUCGGCAUACAGACUGCAACACACUACAAAGCCGCAAAUACCGAAUACUCCAAACAGCAUCUCUUCGUCUGCGAAACAGAAGAUCUGGCACGCGUGAACGUACAGCAAAUGUUGGAAUUCCUUGAAAGCGAGAACGUGGGUGGAGACUGGGAUAUCAGGGCGUAUUCUGAAGUCCAGAUCUUUGGUCCGGGGAAGAGUUGUGCACUCAUGCAGCCCUCUUCCACCGGCGCCUCGGACCUAGAUGCCUGGUACCGCGAAGAGCAUAACCAGCAAACGUCUGAGCAACCGGGUUGGCUGCGCACGUGUCGGUAUGCACUCGAAGAGCAAGAAUCGGGUUCUGAAGAUGAGGAAGGGAAGGAGCGAGAGUUGUCUUUCCUGGCUGUUCAUGAGUUUGGGGAGGGAGAGCAGUUGGAGGAUACGGUCAAGGCGUUUGAGCCGGUUAGUGAGUGGACGGUGAGGGUUAUGGAGGAUGCGGUGGGGAUUGAUGCGGCGAUUUAUCGGAGGGGGUGA